AUGACUGUUCCACAACUUUAUUAUUUUGCCAUUCGAGGUCUCGGCGAGUACAUCCGUCUUCUUUUUACCGACAACGGAAUCAACUUUGAGGACAUCCGCUUUGUAAGCAGAUCUCCAGAAUGGAAAGAAGCCAAAAUGUCAAUGAUUUUCGGACAGAUGCCAUGUCUCAAGCAUGAUGGAAAGGAGUACGCUCAAACUGGAACCAUCAUGCGCCACUUGGCCAGGGUUCAUGACCUCAAUGGAUCCACCGAGGAUGAUGCCACAUUCCUUGACAUGUUCUUUGAAGGCCUUCGUGACUGCCGUCAGAAGUACGUCCGCUACAUCUACUUCGAUGAAGGAACUCGUGAAGACUUGGUCCACAAAACUCUCCCAGAUUGUCUUACAAACUUUGAAAAGCUCUUCAAUAUCCAUCAAGGAAAAUUCAUCAUUGGUGAUAAACCAAGCUACGCUGACUACAUUUUGUUUGAAGAGUUGGACGUCUACACCCAUCUUGACGCCACGAUUCUGGACAAGUUCCCAUCUCUCAAGGCGUUCUGGGAGAUGAUGUGGCAGAGACCAAACCUGAAGGCGUAUCUGGAAAAGCGCAAAGCUGAUGGUGUCUGGAUCAGUGUUGUCGAGAAAGGAAUGCAUUAA